UGCGGCGCGCCAGCCGCGGGCGCCGGAAGCGGCGCGCAGCGGGGCCUGUCGCCGCGAGAUUCCAGGCGGGUGAGGGCCGGCAUGGGGCUCCUGAGCGCGGCGGCUCGCUGUCUGGUGCGCGGCGCUGACCGGAUGAGCAAGUGGACGAGCAAGCGAGGCCCGCGCUCCUUCUACAAGGGCCGCGGCGCGAAGGCCCCCGGCGUCCACGCCCGCGGCGGGAAGUUCGUGGUGGUCAAGGAGAUGGUGCCGGAGCUGGUGGUGCCCGACCUGGCCGGCUUCAAGCUCAAGCCCUACGUGAACUACCGCGCCCCGGCGGGCACGGACACACCCCUGACGGCGGAGCAGCUCUUUCGGGAAGCCGUGGCGCCUGCCAUCGAGAAGGACUUCAAGGACGGGACUUUCGACCCCGAGCAGCUGGAGAAGUACGGCUUCGAGCCCACGCAAGAAGGCAAGCUGUUCCAGCUGUACCCCAAGAACUUCCCGCGCUAGCCGAGCGCUGCGCCCUGCCGCCCUCACGUCCUUUCUAUUAAAGACCCUGACUCCCACA